AUGUGGUGCUAUCGUAAAAUGUUAAGAAUUAAAUGGAUUGAUAGAAUAACGAAUGAAGCAGUAUUAAAUAGAACAAAAGAAAAGAAAAUACUAUGGCAUACCAUAAAAGUUAGAAGAGCUAAAAUGAUAGGACAUCUACUACGCCAUGAGAGUCUAUCGAAAACCAUCCUAGAAGGCGACUUUGAAGGCCAUAUAGGAAGAGGAAGACCAAGGAUGGAGUACACGAAGCAAAUCAUAAUUGACAUAGGGAAGAAUAGUUAUAAGGAACUAAAGGAAUUAAGUAACGAUAAAGUCACAUGGAGAACUGCAGCAAACCAAUCUAAGGAUUGA